GUGGAAACUGACCAAUUGGAGCACGAAUUACAAAAUUUCCAGCGCCAUCUUUCUCUGCGGGAGUAACUCGUCGGUUACGAACGUGUGGGGUGUUUGGGUGCCCGGAAAUUAGCCCGAAGUUUUUACCACAGAAGUUUUCCUGACAAAAUCCGUAGUUAUGUCGUCCCAGGGGGGUGGGAAAGCGAGGGACAAGCGAUCCCACCGGAACAAGCCAUACGAGCGCCGUCAGGGCCUGCUGGGCCGCCUGACGGGCACCGUGACGCGCCUGCUGCCCGAGUCGUGGGUGCCCACCUGGCUGCAGGAGCAGGAGGAGGCGCCCGAGUCACGGCCCGGACCGGCCACGCGGCGCAACCACCUGAACGCGCCGGCCGAGACGGCCGCCUGGAGCGCGCAGACGUCAGUUCCAGUGGGCACUGUCCAGCUGCGGGACGACGAGGACGGCCGGCUGAUGGCGGACGCGGGCGGAGGUCCGGCGCCGCGGCCGGCCAUCACCUCUAACUGGGCACGACACGCGGAGGACGGCGCCGGUCCGUCCGGCUGGCCGCCCGCCCCGGCCUCGGCCCCGGCAGCCGCCGCCGGUCUGGUGUCCGCACCCGGGCCGAGCUCCGGUCCUCCGCCUAGCCUGGACGAGAGCAUGGCGCGGAAACGGCGCCGGCGGCAGCUGCAGCAGGAUGACUCUGAGCUGAGCGACGACAGCGGGCCGGCGGCGACCCCAGUCGGUACCCCUGCCGCCGCAGCCGCCGUCAUCCCCGCCGCCACCUCGUCAGUCACAGCACCCAGCGCCGUCCGCGGCCGGCCGCAGCCCGGAGCUCUGAGCAACAAGAGGCCGCGCUUCAACGCGUCGGCACUAAACACAUCUCUGCUGUCCCAGGAUGAUCCGGGCAGCUCGUCACUGAACCGCAGCGGCGCCGGCCUGUCUCCGUUCUACCCGGGACCGACGGCGUACGGCGGCGCGGCCAACCACCGGCGACUGCGGGUGCCGGCGGCCGGCUCCGGGUCGUCCAGCGGGCCCUAUCAGGUGCGGCCGCGCGCGGCCCCCGUUCGGAUGGGCGAGGACGCGUCCAUGUCUACCACAGCGCGUCGGAUCCUGUCGGUGCUGGAGGGCAUGUCGACGCCGGUGUCUGACGCGCGCCGCGUGCCCGUCGCCUCGCCCGGGGACCGACUGUUGGACUGCAGUCUGGACGGCCAGCGGCGGGCCGGUCUGUACGGCGUUCACGGUGCCAGGCUGGGACGGCGGCGGCUCGAGGACCCGCCCGUCCACCACGUGGUGCCGCCUGUCAAGGUCACUGUGGAACCCAACAGGAGUCUGACAGCGGCGCACGACGACGCGGCCAGCAGGCGGGUAACGUUCGCCGUCCAGCCGUCGUCGUCUGCCGCCGCGGCGGCCACUCCGUCCGUCACCACCGGUGGAAAGAUGCGCCGACAGCGGGAGCGCGGUCACUACUCGUCGCGGCCCGAGACAGACCCGGCUGCUGAGCUGCCGCCGUCGCCCGAACCGCUACCCGACGUCAGCCUGCCGUUCAUGCACAUUCAGCCCAUCAGCCUGACUACUUCCACCCCCAAGGUGCCGCCGGCGGCCGAUGCACGCCGUGCCCCCGCUCCCGCCGCGGUCGCCACCAAUGGAGAGGAGUUCACCUUCAGCAGUCCGCGGGUGGUGUGCCCGGAGGGAGCCGGGCUGGUGAAUGGACUGGCCGACGGCGAGGAUGAGCCCACCUUCUCCUUCAGCGCUCCGGCUGCGGUCGGCGAGCGGACCGCCCCCGCCCCCGCCCCCGCCCCCGCGGCGUCGGAAAAGGCUGCUUCCUCGCCAGCGAAGGCAACUCCCUCCCCGGCGAAGGCAGCCGCGACCCCGCCGGCGCCCGCAGCCAGCUCUUGGGGUGACAAGUUCAAACCGGCGGCCAAGGCGGCGUCCCCGGCGGCCGAACCGAGCCCAGUUGCUCCAGCCAUCACUAGCUCCUGGGGUGACAAAUUCAAACCAGCCGUCGGUCAGUGGACCUGCGACACAUGUAUGCUCUCAAACAAGGCAGAAGCCACCAAGUGCAUCGCUUGUGAAACGCCGAACGCCAGCGCCAAGCCAGCCGUGCCUGCUGCGUCCUCCGGCUCCAAACUGUCUGCGACGGCGGCACCGUUCGUCCCCACCUCUUCGUGGGGCGACAAAUUCAAGCCAGCUGCCGGUCAGUGGACUUGCGACGUAUGUAUGCUCUCUAACAAGGCCGAGGCGACGAAAUGUGCCGCCUGCGAAACGCCUAACCCGACUGCGAGCGCGGCAACAGACUCUGCACCCAAAGCGGCCGACUGGGAGUGUUCGACGUGUCUUGUGCGGAACAAGUCGGGCGUCUCCAAAUGUGUGGCGUGCGAGUCUCCGCGGCCCGAGUCUCGGGAAAAGGACAGCACGCCGUACCAGUUCGGUGCCGCCAAGCCAGCCGCGGGCGCGUUCACGUUUGGCUUUGGCGCCAAAAAGGCCGACGCGGGUGAGGCCGCGAAACCUGUCUCAGGCGGGUUUGUGUUUGGAGCGGACUCUAGUAAAGCAACUGACUCGAAAACCAGCGAGAGUAAAACUACCGGAGGUUUCACCUUUGGUGCGCCGAGCACGGACAAGCCGGCUGCCGCGGCCGCUGCGUUCUCGUUCGGGUUUGGUUCGGGUACCAACAAGGCCACAGCCGAUGGAGCGAGUGCGAAAACCAGCGAGUCGUCCGCCAAGGCACCGGCGGUCAACUUUAGCUCUGGCUCCGGCAGUUCUCCCGGCGUGUCCCUGAAGCGGAAACAGCCGGAGCGGACGGUCGAGAAGCCAGCGCCGGAGCUGAAAACGGGUAACGUGAUGGACCUGCUGGGCGGCGGCGGAUCGGCCAGCCCCAGCAAACCGUCCGACGCCAGCAACGGCGGCUCCGGCGGGGAGGCGAAGACGGUCAGUAACUCUACCGUGCUGCCGGCCAACGGUGGCUUCAGCUUCGGCGCCCCGGCCAGCACCGGCGCCACGACGGCUGCCACAUUCACCUUCGGAUCCGGAUCGCAGCCCACCGGUGGCAGCACAGCCACCUUCAGUUUCGGAGAGUCGGCGGCCAAAAAACCUGCCGAGCCGGCGAAAUCGGAGGCGUCCAACGCGACUGACAAGCCGCCGGCGAUGUUCUCGUUUGGUGCCAAGAGCUCCGGUUCGUCAGAAAAACCGAGUGGUGCCGGGUUCGUGUUCGGUGCCGGCUCGGGAACAACCGCGACAGACAGCGCCUCGAAGGACGCGAAGACCGCGUCAGUAGCGCCACCCACCUCAUCGACGACCUUCUCAUUUGGUGCUAGCAAAUCUUCAGAGCAAUCGGACAAGAGCAGUACAGGUUUUAGUUUUGGCGCGAAGAGUUCAGACAGCUCCACCUCACAGACCGCUGUUUUCGCUUUUGGCGCGAACGCGAAGCCUGCAGAAUCAACGGAGAAGCAGGCUUCAGCGGGAUUCUCGUUUGGAUCGAAAGCCCCGGAGAGCUCCGAUAAACCCUCGGCCACAUUUUCCUUCGGAUCGGGCAGUACCGCGGCGCCGGCCGACAAGCCCGCCGCAACAUUUUCAUUCAGCGCAAAACCGACUGAGAACGCCGACAAGCCAGCAGCGCCGGCGGCGACUUUCUCCUUCGGCAGCGGCUCCGCGGCACCGGCCGCCGCCAAACCGGGCGUGUUCGCCUUUGGCAGCGCGCCGGCGACUGAGGCGCCUGCCGCAGCGCCCGCUCCCGGCGGGUUCUCGUUCGGCAGCUCCACUACCAGCGGUGCCUCGACCGACAAGCCGGCCGGCGGGUUCGCGUUCGGCGCGCCAGCAACCACCAAGGCUGACGCGGCGCCCGUGUUUGCCUUCGGAGCCACCAGCAACGGCCCGGCGGCGAAAAAGGCGGCAUCAGACGAGAAGGCGGCGCCCCCUGGCGUGUUCCAGUUCGGUUCUGGAUCAGCCGCGCCCGCUGCCAGUCCGUUCGGUGCGGCCGCCGCCCCCGCCCCCGCCGCCGCUCCGGCACCGUUCGCGUUCGGCGCCGCCAAGACCGCCGCGCCGGCCACCUUCAACUUCGGCUCGGGCGCGGCCGCAGCGCCGGCCGCCGCCGCCCCUGCCGCUCCGUUCGUGUUCGGCGGCGCGCAGCCCGCGGCGCCGGCCGCCGCCGCCGCGCCCGCCCCGGCUCCGGGCGUGUUUACGUUCGGCCAGGGCAGCUCUCAGCCGGCGUUCGGCCAGUCGGCCGCGCCCGCCGCACCAUCGGCUGGCUUCUCGUUUGGUGCCAGCAGCACGCCGAGCUUCAACUUUGGCGGCGCGCAGCCGGCGGCGCCGGCCGCCCCUGCCGGAGGCGUGUUCCGCUUCGGAGCGCCGUCGACGGCCUCUGCUGCGCCGGCCCCGGCACCCUCACCGUUCGGAGCCGCCGCCCCGCCACCGGGCGCGGCGGCGAACCCGUUCUCUGCUACGGCAUCGACAAUCGCCGGCCGCAAGAUCCGCACGGCCAAACGGCGCAGCACCGUCAAAAAGUGAGCGGCGCGCGGCCCGAGCGGCGACAGAGAGCGCGUGGACUGACUGUGGACUGGACGGCGCCGCCGACCGUCUCCCGCGCCGCGCCGGCCCUAGCCAACCAGCCAUUCCCCGUGUGAGUGAGAGCGCGCGGCGGCGGCGGCGGCGGCGGCGGCGGCGACCGGACUCCUUCCGACGCUACCGACACCAAGGGCCUGGCGGCGCAGGGUCCCGCAGCCGUUCACGUGCGAGUUUGUCGCCGAGCUUGUUUAUCCCCUCCCCCGUCAAUGAGAGCAGCCUCGACUGCCACGCCAUCUGUGAUACGAUUCUGUGAUCUGCCAGGCCCUUGGACAUAGCGUGACGAAGUGCCGGAGUGAGUGAGAGUGCGAGCGAGCGAGCGGCCGCGGAGGGGUGUGCGCGGGGCGGCGGCGGCCACCGCAGGCGGCUGGCUGCUGUGCUGAGCCAGGCGGCUGCGAUGCGCCGCGCCGCCGGUGGAGCGGCCGAGACCGCCACCGCACGGUAUGUGUCAAAUUAGCCUCUGGGAUUGAACGGUCAGCGCCGGUUCGAGGUGAAAUUGUGGACGCGAGUGGACGUCGUGUGGCGGACAGCUGACUCACUCCCGUUGUAUUUUAUGCCCGUUCAAACAGUUCAAACUUGCUGCGAAUGGCGGACCGCAGCGCCGUCGACGAGACUAUGUGAUUGUUUUGUCAGCGAAAUAUCGGGAGGUCGGACUGUAGAUCUUUACCGGAGAGAAGGAGCGAGAGUGUGGAAAUAAAUUGACAAUGGUAAAAGUGUAUCUGUUUGGCGGCGACCGCAUGGUGCUGCGGCGGCCGCUUCCUAAAAACUGAAAUGUUGAAUUUCGCAGAGCUCGAAGGCGCGAGGACAAAUAUACGCCAUGGCAUCUG